AUGUACUGUUCGAACGACAGCAAACAUACCGUGCCAGGUUCGAUCGGGGAAACGAAAUUGCCCGCGAUGAAUCAGUGCCACCCUCACGAUCUGUACGGUGAAAAGGAGUCAGAGUUGCAUUUCUGGGAGGGCCGCCACGGGUCGCACCGCAACACAACCCCAGUUAGCACCGUGCUGCACUCACCCGAACCGACGAUGGCGGAACACGAACCGAAGAUACGGUUCCAGCAACGUCAUCAGAUCCAGGUUGGCCGAAGCCCAGUGGGGAGCGGCGGUCACCACGAAAGCAGCGACUCAACCACUGCCUCCAGCCCGGUGCUGCCCCAUGGCAGGACAUGCGGCGAGUUCCAGUCGUGCCAUCACUCAACCAAUGCUACAACCAACAUCGCCGGUUUGCUGCCUGGAACGCAGCUCUACUCAGCACAAUCGCUGCUAGCGGACGGCGAGAUCGUGGUGUUUGAUGAUAUCGAACCAAACUGGCCACCGGCGGCUCUCAACGGACCGGACAUGUCGGUCUACAUGGGCGGAUCCACACCGGGCAAAGACACGAGCGGUGACAACUGUUCCCAUAAAAUCCAAACUAUUAUAGGAGGAUUAACCAUCGCCGAAUACGAGGGCUCACCGCGGCGGUUCGGCUGCAUCUACUCAAACUCGCAAUACGCAGUUCCGGAGGGUGCAUUUUCCGGUAAAACUGGCGGAAACCUACCCCGGCCCGGCUUUCCCAAGCGCGUGGCUAGUGUACAGCUUGAGUCGGAAUCCCUAGAUGACAGUCGGCCGAAGCUUAUCGAGCUUGGCAAGAGCACCGAGUCGACUUUUUACGAUCGAACUUCCGUCGAUUGCAACAAGGCGGACUCGUACACGUUAGAUACCAAAUACUACAACUGCCAACGGGAUGAUGAGGAUGACUGCGCUCCGGCCAGCAGUGGCCUCAAGUCGCACAACUUUGCGCUUUCUCCUGACACGGACUACAGGGCGGGCAGCGAACCGGGUGGGCGGAAAGUCAACCCAAACGUUCCUGCCGACGUGUGCUCAAAGGAAAUCCUCCACGAAACGUGUGUCGAGUACGAGGAUAUGUGCAAUAGCAUGCCGAUACUGGAGGAUGGUCUCUCGAGUGGGCACGCGUCCGACUCGGAGGGUAACACGUUGGCCAACAGCGGCUCGCUGAUUGACGUGCGCAACGCGAACAGUUCGGCUGGAAGUCAGGAGCCUGCGUUGCAGCAACACCGGCAUCAUCACCGGGCGGAUGAACGUGACGCUCGGAAUGGCCCGAACGGGUGCGGAAAUGAUUGCCUGACGCGUAACAUUCAGGAUGCGUUGGAUGAUAUUAAAUCGACGCUACAGAACACGAAAACGCUGCCCGUGGUCGAGCGGCGGAAAUCAGGACCGGAACAGCCGGGCCAAGCAUUUCCGGUGUAUGGCGAUGCGUCGCCUGUUUGGGUGCUGAGAUGCUUAGACGAGGAACUGACUGAUCUGGACGGUACUGUUCCGACGCAGCCUGCGUCGCGACUAUCGGGAGCAGCUGAUUUGGACGAGGAAACGGACACCGAUCUGGAAACUGACCGGCUGUUAGGACACCAACAGGUUAGGGGUGAAUUAAGCUAUCCUGAGCAUGUGAGCUCCACGGAUGGUACUGGGAAGGCGAAAUCACCAAAUACGGCAACAAUGACCAAAAUGAAGCGAUACCACACCGCUAUUCGGGCUGACAGCGCGACAUACGUUCCUAGCGAUAUUACUCUAGAAAAUGUACCGGAAAUCGAAAGCAAAGGAAGGCACAAAACCAGAGAAGGAUUACUGGAUCCGGCAGUACUCAUCGAGGGUGUCUUGUUCCGGGCGCGCUAUCUCGGCUCAACUCAGCUCGUCUGCGAAGGACAACCGACCAAAUCGACCCGCAUGAUGCAGGCGGAAGAAGCAGUCUCACGGAUCAAGGCACCGGCGGGCGAGUCGCAACCGAGCACAGAGGUGGAUUUGUUUAUUUCGACAGAGAAAAUCAUGGUGCUGAACACGGACCUGAAGGAGAUUAUGAUGGACCACGCGUUGCGGACGAUUUCGUACAUCGCCGAUAUCGGCCAGCUGGUUGUGCUGAUGGCCCGUCGUCGGUUUGUGGCCACUGGUGCUUCGACCGACGGUCAGCAGUCGGUGGAGGCGAGUACGACCGCGGUGGCGGAUGGAUCAACGGCUGGAGCGAAUCUGGAUAGUAGCCCGAAGAAGCGGACUGGUCCGGCCACGGGAAACAGGACACCGAAGAUGAUCUGCCACGUUUUCGAGAGCGAGGAGGCGCAGUUCAUCGCUCAAAGCAUCGGGCAGGCGUUUCAGGUCGCGUACGUCGAGUUUCUGAAGGCGAACGGGAUCGAGGACCAUAGCUUCAUGAAGGAGCUCGACUACCAGGAGGUGUUGAACAGCCAGGAGAUCUUUGGUGAUGAGCUGGAGAUAUUCGCGAAGAAAGAGCUGCAGAAGGAGGUGGUAGUUCCGAAGGCGAAGGGCGAGAUCCUGGGCGUUGUGAUCGUCGAGUCUGGCUGGGGUUCGAUGUUGCCGACUGUAGUGAUCGCGAACCUGGCAUCGGCAGGAGCCGCAGCUCGAUGUGGUCAGCUCAACAUCGGCGAUCAGAUUAUCGCCAUCAACGGGCUGAGCCUAGUCGGAUUGCCGUUAUCUACCUGCCAGGGGUACAUCAAGAACACCAAGAACCAGACGGUGGUCAAGUUCACCGUGGUGCCAUGUGCGCCUGUGGUAGAGGUGAAGAUCAAGCGACCAAACACCAAGUAUCAGCUCGGGUUCAGCGUCCAGAACGGCGUGAUUUGUAGCUUGUUGCGUGGAGGAAUUGCUGAACGUGGAGGUGUACGUGUUGGUCACCGAAUAAUUGAAAUCAACAACCAAAGCGUCGUUGCGGUGCCGCAUGAGAAGAUCGUGAAUCUACUCGCAACAUCUAUCGGAGAGAUCCUGAUGAAAACCAUGCCGACAUCGAUGUUCCGGUUACUAACCGGCCAGGAGAAUCCAAUCUACAUAUGAAGAGCGAGCAUACCCUUGACGCGCAACCGACCAGAGAGAGAUUACGAUAGAUUUCGCUGUUACCCAGUAUUGCUGAUGGAAGCGUUCUUAAUUAAGGACAAACAUUGUUGACAUUAUUGUUCAUUGAAAUAAAGCAACCAACUCAAGCUUCCGUUUUUUCUUGAG